UUCCGGGGAGGCGGAAGCGGCGGGCGGGCGGCGGAGCGCGGCCAUGGGCGCCCGCGGGCUGAGGGAGGCCGUGGUGGAGCUGGAGCCGGAGCCGGGGCACGCCCGCGAGGGCAGCGCAGACGGAGGCCCUGCCGAGGGCCGGCCUGUGGUGAUCCUGCUGGGCUGGGCCGGCUGCCAGGACAAGUACCUGGCCAAAUACAGCGCGAUCUACAGCCAGAAGGGGUGCACGGUCAUCCGUUACACAGCUCCAUGGAGGAUGAUAUUCUUCUCCGAGUCCUUUGGCAUCAGAUCCCUGCAGACGCCGGCCAGGCAACUCCUGGAGCUGCUCUUUGACUACAGCGUUGAAAACAGACCGCUUCUUUUCCACGUUUUCAGCAACGGUGGUGCCAUGCUGUACCGCUACAUCAUCGAGGCGCUGCACACCCACACGCCCUUUCAGAGCCUCAGAGUAGCUGGCACCAUUUUCGACAGCGCCCCUGGCAGAAGAAACUUGCGAGGAGCCCUUCGUGCCCUGGCCACUGUCCUGGUCUCCGUGAACGUGCUGCUCAAGUACUUCCUGCUGUUCACUUUUGCCAGCGCGGCCGUGGUGCUGCGGAUCCUGCUGUACCCGCUGACGCGCUUCGUGCACCAGAGCCACUACGACGCGCUGCUGCAGGCGCCCUCGCGCUGGCCCGAGCUCUACCUCUACUCCCAGGCCGACCUCAUCAUCAAGGCCAGCGAGGUGCAGCUCAUGGCCGGCGCCCGGCAGCAGCUCGGCGUGCCUGUCAAAGCUGUGGACUUCUCGGACUCGCCUCACGUGGGCCACCUGCGGGUGUACCCCACCCACUACCGCAGCCUCUGCAGCACCUUCCUGUCUGACUGUGUCGGGGCCUGCCCUCCCUAGGGCUCUGCUGGCCUCAGUGGUUGCCUCUCCUUGCUCAGCUCCUAUGGGAAAUGUCACCUCCUUUGCUUGUGUGUCUUUGAAGCGGGGAAAGUAGAGGCUUCUUGUUUGGUUUGUUUGUUUGUUGUUUUUUUUUCCCCCUACCAUCUACAAGUCUGAAAGCCUCCAGCCUGGCCUUUGGACCAGCCACGUUAGAGCAGAAAGUAGAUAUGGAUUAAUUUAAAGUCCUGAAGGUGAAAUCCUGUCAUGAUUCAUGUUGAUGUGCUCUGCCAAGGUGUCACAGAUCAGAAUCUUACACUGAGUAUUAUGUCUUUCCUCCUGUCUUGUUCUCUGCUCUCCAUGUUGUCUCCUUGUCCCUAAUGUCCAAUGUGCAUGUUCUGUUGCAUGUAUUAAUUUUACAAUACAGCUCUUCCAUGUCUUUGUUGUUUGUUGUUUUUUUUUCUCUCUGCCAUUUCUUUUAUCUUGCAAUGAGCAAACAGAGCCAAGUUUGCAGGAUUCUUUGAUUUUCUCAGUGCAUCCCAGCUCUUGUUGUACUCUCCUUGUUGGAGAUCAGGCCCUGAAACCAAGUGUAAGACCAGGCAAAGGUGUGUGCAGGGCAGUAUGACCAGACUGUUAUCCCUGGUUCCAUUAAAUAGCCCAGAUAAAACAGUCAAAGCUCUCUGAUCCAUGGUGGGAGCUCAAAUGUUUGUGAUAACUUUUGUGUUCUUCAACCCAGAGGUUUAAGCUAACAUUUUUCAAUAUGUUUAGUGUUUUGUUUCUCUUCCUUCCAGUCUUUUGUGUGUUCUACUGAGUAGUUUUGCUUUCUUGGAGAGCUACUUAGUUGUUAAUUGUAUGUCUUGAAGCAGCUGAUAUUUUGCAUCUGGAUAUUCAGGGAAAUUUUUGGAUUACAGCUGUGCCAGACCCCAGAAACAGAAAGGUGGAAUUGCAGAAGAAAAUGGAACUGUCUCUUGGAGCUAUGCUUUAUACUGGGUAUUUCUUAAAUCACCUCCAGCCUACAAAUGACCAUGAAAUAUGAUGUUUUUGUCCAUAAUGUUCUCUUCAGAUGACCAGUCUUUGCAACGUGUACAAGAAAUUAAUUCCUUCCACCUAGUGAAAAUGUAUGUCAUUGCACUGUACUUCAUGUUUGGGUUUAGGUUUUAUUGUUUAUUUGGGGGAGAAGUGGGGGUAAAGACAGAGGAGAACCUGCUGAUAUGUUUAUGUUAUGUCACAGUACAGCAGGCUAAUUAAUAACAUGAUGAACAAGUUUAGCCAACUUUAAAUUGCCAGGAAGAAGCUCUGGAGGGCUGUGACAUGGGCCUGCUUGAACAAGGAACUGCCCUAGAGAGGUAGGCACUUAAAAAGCAGGAGGAUUUUUGCCUUUUGGUUCUGCCAGUGGGUGGCUGUGCUGCUCCUGCCCACCCUUGGGGUGCUGUCACCCACAGUUACAAAACUCCUGCUGUUCUGGAUUGAAAUGCCGAGGGGGAAGUCCCUGGGAAGCACUAAAAUAAUUUGGCAGUUUAACACAAGAACUGUAACACCUCACAGAAGUGAAAGCACAGGGUGAGUGGCAGUGGUGACCACACAGCUGGUUUGUAGCAGACUAUUGUGACAAUGCUCAUUUACAGCAGAAUAAUCCUCUGAUGGGCAUGGUUUUAGAGGGAGCGUUGGGCUGUAUAUGGGAUAAGUGAGAAUUAACUGAAAAGGGCCUGAUGACCUGGUUUGGUUUUUAUUUUUUAAAAGUGAAAACUGUCUCCAGGCACAGGAGCUUGUUGCUUGGGACCCAAUCUUCUGUAGGUGUGAUCCCAGUUCCAGCUCCCACUGUGGCAAUGGGGUGUGAGGGCUACUCUGUGCUAAGAGCCUUCAGCCAUCCCCUUUUCAUGGAGAAAUUCUUGUUUCUAGGGUUUGGACCUGUCAAAUCCAGGCAUGGUCCCCUAUCUCCAGAAUGCCCAUCUGAGAUCUCCCAGCUUUUUAAAGCAGGCCCCUGGUUUGUGCUGUCAGUGCUGUAGCUCCUGAGCUGUGAUGUGUUCAUCUGCCUUUUCAGAGAUCUGGGCUGGAGCUUCUCAGCAUCCAGCCUGUUUGUGGCACUGUGAACACUCUUGGGGAACAGAGGUGAAAAAGUUAUUUAACCAGCACUUGCCCUCAUGCUGGUUUCUACAGGUUCAGUAUUUACAGAUCAGUUAAACACUCCAUAAUAGACGCCUCUGAAUUAAUACAGUUGUUCCUGGGGAUCUGCUGUUCCUGUUUAUUGCUGUGGGUGUUGAACUUCUCCUGUUCAAGGACUCAGGCUGUUACAGAGCACGGCUGGCAGGAGCUGGAGCUGAACCCUCUGCCCCUGCCUGACAGGAUGGUGAGGCUUCCUCUGGGAAAAGCCUCACAUGUCAGCUGCACCUUCCUUCCUCACUUUCAGCUCCCCACCACGGUGGUGCCACCUCCCCAGCUCAGCCCUGCUUCCCACUUCCCAGGGCAGCAGGCAGGGAGCGGGUGCUGCCUGCUGGAGCUUCGCAGUCAGAGUGUCCUGAGCUGUGCCAACAGGAAUGUGCUCACAGGCGUUUCCACUGCUGCAAAAGUGACUUGAAAUUCGGAGGUGAUUUGUGUACACAGCUCUCUGAGAGCAGGAUGAUUUGCAGCACCAGUCUUCUGAGUGGGUUUUGUUUUCUGAGUCCCAGCAAGUUUUAAUUCCGGUUGUGAGCGCUGUGUGAUAUGCUGGCCUCUGCUUUCCUGUACUGCCUGUGCCCCCACCUCCCUGCCCUCCGUAUUCCUGUGGCUUAUUUGAAGCAGAAGGUUAAUAACUUGGAGCCUGAAGGCACAUGGCUGAGAACUGAUCCAAGCACUACUGGAUUUACAAAAACCCAGCCUCAGACCCUUAAUCCUUGCUAAACUGUCACGGUUUGGCGCAGCCGGUGUUCCUAAAGAGCUUCAGCCUGAACACUGAGAGCCCAAAGGUUGUGAUAUCUUGGCAAAUCCAGGUAAAUCUCUGAGAUGAGCUACGGGGAGGAGGGGCACUGCAGAUCUGUUCAUUGGGAGGAAAAAAUGCAGCAUCCUUGGACUUGCCUCGAGGGUAGGGAGUGGGAUGUGGCCCAGAGCUUGUUUUCCUGCAGACUGUGACACAGUGUGGGUGGAACACCAACAGUAGUGGGAGAGGAGGACGCUCACAGCUGGCUACCACAGCUGUGGUAAAGCAAAAUUAACUUUCCCUCAGUAACAAAAUCUAUUUGAGUGUUUCCUGUGAGGGAACUGACUCCUGGCUUGCUCCCCCGUGCUGCCUUCUCUCCCCAGGCAGUGGUGAUGUUACAGGGUGGUUUUGAAAAACAAAAAAAGCCACUUAGUGGUCAGGGUGGUCUGUGUGGCUGGGCUGGAGUGCUCAGCUGCUCCUGACAGGGCUGGGAGAGCUCCCUGUGGCACUGGGGGAGGCUGUGGUGGGGAACUGGGCAAGCCAGGGGCAGGAUCCAGCCAGCCAGGGCUCAGGUUUGGAGCUGGGGGAACAUUUUGCAGCGGGAGUAAUUCAAAUUAGGCUCCUGGGUGGGGACUGACCUGUGCCCACACCUCAUAAAGGUGUUUUUAAGGUGUGUGGGCUGAGGUCCCAUUUUCAUGCAUGUUGGGAUGCUGGAGGCAUAUGCGUAGAGCUCUGCCAUUGAUGGAAAAGUGGGAAUGGAUGGGAUGGGACCGAGCAAUCCAACCCCGUGCUGCAUCCCAAAAGGUGAAGGAGGGAGGCUGGUCUCCCCUGCCCGUGGAGGGGCUGUGCAGACCCGGGAGCCCCGUGCCGGGCGGGAACAGCUCCACGAGAUGGCAGCAGGACCCCUCUUUCCCGCAUGGAGAGAUUCCUGCUCUAGGAAACAGCUGAGCACAUCCUGGUGAAGACCCCAACAGCACAGCUCAGCCCAGCGCUUCUGAGUUCCUGAGAGCAUCUCCUGCAAAAGGGCUCCUCUUGGGGCAAGGAAAAAGACCAGCAAGAGCUAACUCCGAUGACAAGAACUGGAGAUGGGAGUUGAUACAGAACAGCAUCUCUCCCUAGGGAUGCCUGCCUCUGGAAUUUGUACUAGAUCCCAUUCCUCAGCUUUAACUGAUUGUUAAAACCAAAAAUCUAGCAGCAGGAAUAGCUUUCCUGCCCUUCUCACCUCAGCAGACUAGGUCAUAGCACUUCCCUCUCCAUCACCCAGGGAAGGCUGUCUGUUUCUUACAUCAAUCUCUGUAAAAGUGUGAUCAAGCAGACCAUGGCCCAACUUCUGGGAGCUCCACAUAUCAGGACUCCGGAGCUCCCCUGGGCUCCCUGUAGUCCUCAAGCCCUGGGAAAGGAGCUGAGCUUAGUGCUGCUCUUCUGAAAAGGCUGGCAGGACCUCCCAGCACACAGGGCUGGGGGCUGGGGAUGCAGUUAGGAAACAGGACAGCACAAAUGGGGGCCCAGAGCCACCACCUGAUCUGUCUCCUAAUGUCCAGCACAGCCACACAGCUCCUUCACCCAGCCUGGGGCAUGAGCAUCCCUCCAUCUCCUUCCUUUUGAAUUUGGUCCCCCUCCCCUCAUUUCUGCAUCCUCAUAUGGCUGCAAGUGCACCCCAGCACCAUCAGACAGGCCAUGUGGGCACGGCUGGGAUGAGCAGAAGUGGGCACGGCAUCCUUCAAUCACCCUCCCAAACCUAUGGGGGCUGGGGCAGGCAGAGCUUGGGCAGCCCUGCCCCCAUGGAAUGAUGGAUGAGCUGACAAUAGGGUAUUGAUAAGGAAUUAACCUUGAGCCCUUCUUGCUUCAGUGUCAAUAGAGCAGGAGCCAAGUACACACGUUUGAUUGGAAAUCUGUGUUUGGCCUCUGCUGCCUCUGAGCCCAUCGAAGGAGAGAGACAAGAGGGAGAUGUGAGCUGCCCUGCUGCCCCAGCUGGGACCCCUCCAAGUGGAUCCCUCUCAGCUUCCCCUGCUGCUGCAGUUGACUGUGGGCACCCAGCUCUAGUGGCUGCAGCAGCCUCUUUGCCCCCAGCCUGGCAUGUGCAGGGCUGGGUACCAGGGCCCCCCUUGUUCCCUAAAGGGCCUGUGCCCAUCUUGCACUGGCCUACACUCGGAGCAGUUUGUUUAAUUAAGUGUUUUGCCUAAUGGGAUUGCCUCAUUUCCAUAACAAACUGGCGGGCUGUCAUUAGGUGGGCUCCCUCAUUCAUUACUGUUAAUUAGAUAUGGAUCCCCCAGAAGGCGGCGCGGGGUGAUGAACGAGGCCCCUGACACACGCUAUUACACAUUAGCAUUUUCUCAAUAUAUCCGAUACAUCACGCUCCUCCGCUUCCUAAAGAUAUUUUAAAUAAAAUAUUAGCAGCCUGCUGUGGGGUAGGUGAGAGGGAGGGGGGUUUCUGCCCUUCGCCCUGGCCUCAGGCCACCUUUGGGCUGGAAGUGGAUGGGAGAGGGGCUGAGACGCUUCACUGCUCCUCUCCAGCCAAAAAAGUGGCCAAAUCCCACCCUUUCCCUAUCCCUGCCACAGCAGAUGGAAAGAGGUCCCUGACAUCCUUACUGCCUCCUCCCACCAGCCUGGGGACCCCCAGCACCCCAUCCCUGGGGGACACAGCCAUGAGGAGGGGAUUGAAAACAGCCCAUUGACCCAUCUGCGAAAUGUUUGUAAACCAAAAGCGUCGGCGCCAGCCGCGUGCCGGGGGGAACCCGACCUCUGCCCCCCCUGCCCAGCAGCCUCCCCGUCCCUGGGUCGGGGUAACCCUACCCGGCACUGGAGGCCCCUAAUGCAGGAGGUAUAGAUCUGUUGGGGCUGGGCGUCUCCUGCCCCCACCUAACGCAGCCGAUGAGACUUCAUUGUGGGGGUGUCCCCUGAGGGGUGCCCUUCGCCCUGCCCUCCUGGCUCCGUGGGGGGACCAGUUGGGGGAACCCACCCGUGGUGGGGCCUGGUGCACGUCCCAGCAUCCCCCUGCAUCUGUCCCUGCAUCCCAAACAGGAGCAGGACUCCCCUCUGGGACAUUACUCACAUCCAGGGGCUGUGGCGUGUGGGGGGUGUCUCUGCUGCCUCUCGCCUGCAAAAGGAAACACAGAGAAGCAGAAAGCACCCGAGAAGAUUUAUACUUGUUUAAUUAAUGUCAAAUGUAGUUUACAAACGGGAGUGACAAGUACCUCUUUGUAUAGUAUACACUGACACACAAUCAUUGACACACCGGAAUAUCGCUUUGUGCAACUGGGAUUCUUUGGGCAAAGAUAGGUAACUCUGAUAUUUCACUUUUUUUUUUUUUUAAAUCAUUUAUACUCAUUACAGAAGAGGGGAAGUGGCAGAUGCCUGUUACAAACUGGGAUGCCUCUCUCCCCAGCCUUCCCCCUGCAGCUUCCCCUUUGAAAACGGGGGAUGACUUUACAAUUUAAACAAAAAGAAUUUACCAAAAAUAAACCCCAAAGCAAAGAACCAAUGACUAGUUACAUAUGGUUUUACACAUACGUACAUAAAGCACAUGGCUGGUCCACAACACCUGCCAGAAGGGCCCUGGGAGGGAGCUAGGCUAUUUCCAAGGAAGGGCUGGGUAGGGGCCUCCUACCCUCUUGCUCUUCCUGGCUGUCUCUCAAACCCACCUGGCUGCACCCUCUCCAUCUCUGAGACCUUAACACCAGCACACUCCCAGCUGAGCCCUGGGCCCUGCAAGGUUUUCUCCCUUUACAAAUGCAGCCUGAGCUGUGCACGCCUGCCCUUCCCCUGCUUGUGCUGCUGGCUGCAGGGUUACCCUGCAGUGACACCCCCUGCCCGCAGUCCCCCUGUGAAAGCAGGACACUCUGGGGUGCCCUGGCUCCCUCUGGCACAGGGCAGAGGAGGCUGCAGCACUCUGGUCUCAGAGGCAACAGAUAUGACCUUGGACACAAGGGAAACUCCCAGUUAGGAACUGUCACCUUUUGAUGUGUAUGAAACAAUAUCUCCUUCAAUUUCAUUUGGGGUUUUUUUGGGUGCAGUGGGAUCCUUCUGAAAUCAGCCAGGAGAUGCCAAGGCUGCAGCUGUUCUCUGCAAAAGAGCUCAGGGUAGGGAAGCAGUAAUGGGACUGUCACUCCCCACACAUCCUGCUCACCCA